AUGGAAGGGAAGCUUUUCUUGGAGCAAUACUUGAUAUGGGUGAUAUUAUUGUUGGGGCAGCUUCAUGGAUACACAAGCUGUAUUGUGAAAGAAAGGGAAGCUUUGUUAGAGCUAAAGAAAUACAUGAUCGCUAGGAGUGAAGAAUAUGACCUGGAUGAUGUUCUCCCUACUUGGACUAAUGACACAAAGAGCGAUUGCUGCCGGUGGGAUGGCAUUGAGUGCAAUCGUACAAGCGGGCGGGUUAUCGGGCUUUCUGUUGGUCGGAUAUACUACAAACAACAGCUAACAGAUCGGUUCCUAAAUCUUUCUUUGGUGCAUCCCUUUGAAGAGGUUCGAAGUCUGAACUUAUCUCCGGGCAACGACUACAACCCAUUCUCAUUCCAAGGCUUCUUUGAUGAUGUUGAAGAACAAGAAAACUCUACAUUCUUCGAGUUUCGGAAUCGGAGUAACGGUUCCAUUCGAGGUAGCUUGAAAAAGCUACGUGUCCUUGACCUCUCAUCCAACCAUUUCACUGGAAAUCUACCGUCUAAUUUCAGCAGCUUUGAGUCCCUCGAAUAUCUAUCAUUGUUAGAAAACAACUUUACAGGCUUGCUUUCUCUCAAUCCACUCACCAACCUCACAAAGCUCAAGGUGUUAAAACUUUCAUCAACAUCCGAUAAGGUCCAAGUAGAGACAGAGAGCAAUUGGCAUCCAAAAUUUCAACUGAGUGUUGCUAAACUACGAUUCUGUAGCUUAGAGAAAAUACCAUCAUUUCUCGUGUACCAGAAGAACUUGCGUCUACUUGAUCUAUCCAGCAACAGAUUAUCCGGAGACAUUCCUACUUGGCUGUUGGCGAAUAGCACACAACUUAAAGCCUUACAGUUGCAAAACAAUUCAUUCACAAUCUUUCAAAGGCCUUCAAUGGUGCAUAAUUUGCAGGUUUUGGAUAUUUCAGCAAAUCUUAUUGGUGGGAUGUUUUCUGAUAGUAUUGGCCGUGCGCUUCCGGAAAUGGUAAAUAUGAAUGGCUCAUGUAAUCGAUUCCAAGGGAAAUUUCCGUCGUCUAUGGGUGACAUGAAGAAGAUAAUAUUUUUGGACCUCUCUUAUAAUAACUUCUCUGGGAAGCUGCCCAAAAGCUUUCUCACCGGUUGUUCGUCACUAAAAUAUUUGAGUCUUUCUUACAACAAAUUUGUCGGACAUGUUCUUCCAGGAGGAACAAGCUUCACUACCUUGCGCAUGUUGAGAAUCGAUAACAACUUAUUUACAGGCAAGAUUGGAGUUGGUUUGCUUAGCUCCACCAGGAGCUUGGCAUUCCUUGACAUGUCCAACAAUCGUCUUCAAGGUGCAAUUCCAAGUUGGAUAUCUAGGCUAUCUAGUUUGCAAAUCUUAUUGUUACCAAACAAUUUCUUACAAGGUACAAUACCACAUUCGUUGGUGGACUUGCACUAUCUUUCGCUUCUGGAUCUCUCUGGAAAUCUAUUAUCUGGAGCCUUACCGUCAGUUAUGGCUGUGCAAUUUCUAUUCCUCCGCAACAAUAGCUUCAUAGGGCCAAUUCCAGACACCUUGUUGGAAGGUGUGCAAAUACUUUCUCUGCGGAACAAUAAACUCUCAGGGAUUAUCCCGCAGUUUGUCAAUACUCGGGGCAUACUGCAGGUUCUUUUGUUGAGGGAGAAUAAUCUGACAGGAUCUAUUCCAAGGCAUUUGUGUUAUUUGAGAAACAUCAGAGUUUUAGAUCUUUCAAAUAACAAGCUUAGUGGCUCCAUACCUUCAUGCCUCUUUAAUUUAUCAUUUGGAGUGGGAGAAGACGAGACGAGUGAACCAAUCCAAGGGUUUGGGUUGUCUCUAGGGGGAUUUACGAUGGAAUCUUACAAAUCAACAUUUGUGGUGGAGGAGCUUGAGGUGGCAGGCGUUAUUAUUGGAGAAGCUGAAAUAAAUUUUGUAGUGAAGCAAAGGUAUGAAUCUUAUACUGGAGGAGGAUUGUUAGGCUUUGGAACAUUUGAUUAUAUGUAUGGGAUGGAUCUAUCAAACAAUGAAUUAAGUGGUGCUAUCCCACCAGAGUUUGGACAUCUCCCGAAACUAAAAGCCAUGAAUCUAUCUCACAACUUCUUGUCAAGUUCAAUCCCAUCCAGCUUCUCCAAUCUGAAGGAUAUUGAGAGCCUUGAUCUUUCUUACAACAUGUUGCAUGGAAGCAUUCCUCACCAACUGACCAGCCUUACAUUCCUUGAAGUGUUCGACGUGUCUCACAACAACCUAUCAGGAAUCAUCCCCCAAGGAAAGCAAUUCAACACCUUCACCGAGCACAGCUACUUAGGCAAUCCUCUUCUCUGUGGAACACCGACCAAUAGAAGUUGUGUGGCUAAUAAGAGCUCGGAGGAAGCAAAAUAUGGAGAAGAAGAAGAAGAUGAUGAAGCUUCUUUUGACGUGUUGGUCUUCUAUUAUAGCUCUGCUUCAGGUUAUGUGACCACGUUGAUACUGAUUGUUGUACUUAUGUGCUUUGAUUGUCCUUGGCGUCGAGCAUGGCUCCGCAUUGUCGAUGCUGUCAUCGCCCUAGCGAAAAGUAUGUUGCCUUAA